CUUCCUACUUCCGGGAAAAUGGCGGCGGCCUGGAGAACCGUUUGGGCGGUUGUCUCCCGGGGAUACGUGAGGCGCGGCGGGGCGCCGGUGCUGGGCAGCCUGCGGGCCCACAGGCCCCUGGCGGGCCCCUGGCUUGCCACUGCCGCUCUGGUCGGAGGCGGCGCGCUCGUGGGCUUUGGCGGAGGAUGGAGCGGGCAGGGCGGGAGCGGCGACUUCCUGACAGUCCUGGCUCAGAAGGAGGAUAAUGUCGAUGAAGAGAUGGCGGAAAAGCUGUCCAUCCGAAAGCAACGUUUUAUGCAGUUUGCUUCCUUGGAAUACGAAGGCGAAUAUUACAUGACUCCAAGGGACUUCCUGUUUUCAGUGAUGUUUGACAAAUCCGGACGUAAAACUUUAGCCAAGAAACUGACAAAAAAGGAGGUAGAUUCGACUCUAGGAAAUGUUGCAAAGACUAAACCAGGGCCAACUUUUUUUAGAGACCUCGGAGAUAAAGGAUUGAUCUCCUACACAGAGUACCUCUUUUUGCUGACAAUACUCACAAAACCACAGACUGGAUUUCAUAUUGCUUUUAAAAUGCUGGAUGCAGACGGCAACGAACAUUUAGAGAAAAAGGAAUUUUUUAAGCUGCAGAAAAUAAUUGGGACGCAAGAUGAGCUUAAAACAGCUUUAGGAGAUGAAACACUAUCUCAGGAGCCAGAAUCAGAAGACCCUGAUAUUAAUACCAUGUUACUGGUCCACUUCUUUGGAAGAGGAGGAAAAAAGAAGCUUCAUUACUGUGAAUUUCACAGAUUUAUGCAGGAUUUACAAACAGAGGUGCAAGAGAUGGAAUUCAUCCAAUUUUCCAAAGGUCUAGCCUUCAUGAGAAAAGAGGAUUUUGUAGAGUGGUUGCUGUAUUUUACUGAGCAAGAGAACAAUGAAAUUUACUGGCAAAAUGUGAAGGAAAGAAUUCAAGCAGGAGAGAGUAUCAGUUUGGAGGAAUUUAAGACUUUCUGCCAGUUUACAAACCGCCUAGAAGAUUUUUCAAUUGCCUUGAAAAUGUUCACGGUAGCUAGCCGCCCUGUUAAACGAGCCGAGUUCAAGAGAGCUGUGAAAGCUGUUACAGGACAGGAACUCUCCGAAAAUGUUUUGGACACCGUCUUCAAGAUCUUUGAUUUGGAUGGAGACAAUUGCCUCAGCCAUGCAGAAUUCCUUGGAGUCCUAAAAAACAGGAUGCAUCGAGGCUUAAGGGUGCCUCAGCAGCAAGGAGUUCCAGGUUACUGGAAAUGUGUGAAAAGGGAGAGCAUUAAAGGAGCAAAAGAAGUCUGGAAACAAACUGGGAAAAGUCCCUUCUAGAAAAAAGAGCAUCAUUUUACAACUAUAAAUGUCUGGGUUUGCUUUUGGUGUAUGUUUGUUUACAUAAUGGCUUUAUUUGAUAGAAUAGAAUAUCUUUAUACAAUUGAGUGUUGAACAAAUUUAUUUUCUCAUUAUAAUUCUACAGUAUUUAUCAGUAUAAUCACCAUUGAUGGGGGACUAUUACAAUUUCCAGAUUUCAUAAGGUGUUUUAAUUUCCAAUAGUACUGAAGUUCUAAAAAAUGGAUACUAUCAAAAUCCCUGAAUUGAUCAGUCUACCUGGAAUUUAGUAGAAAUUUCUCAUUUUGCAUUUGUUUCAUAAGAAAAGCACGUUCUGUUAACAGGGCUGAAAGACCUAAAAGGAUAUCCUGUGACCAGAAAGAAGAAAAGCCUGAAACCUACAACUCCAGAAUGAAUUUUAUAAAGCAACAAUCAUUUUAAAACUACAAUCCUCAGCUGCCUCACAGAUUUCACUAGUUCUGAACAAUUACUGGACUGAAACUUUGUAUAUUCCUGUAUAUUUUUCUUCUAAUUUAUACAAAUAUAUUUUUGACUAUUC